GGUCACGUUCCGCUAUCUCCGGUUAGCUUGACGCAGCGGGGGAGUCCAAUGGAAACCUUCGAUGUAACCCGGAGGAGACAAUCGAGUACGAUUUAACUAAAAAAUAGAAGCCGGAUGAAUUUCAUGGGGUUAUAAACGGAAUCGGUUCCCAUCAGUCUGGGUCAGCGGCUCGAGCCGUUGUGUUUCUAAUCUGCUGAUCAGCCGUUAACGGAGUCCGCUCGGCCUUGUUUAUAUUGUGCAGAGCAGCCCGAAUCGGGGAAGCAGGCCCGGUCCUCGGCGAGUGCAACAGCCGCUUCGGUGUGGAUCGGCCCUUUAGCUCACCAAAGAAUAUGACCCAGAUGCAACAAUGACAUCAAGAUUUGGUAAAACUUACAGCCGCAAGGGAGGAGAGGGCACGUCCAAGUUUGACGAAGUGCUGUCCACCAAGAGAGGCACCCUAAGCACCAAAUGGGGCGACACCACCUACAAGGCCAAGGUGGGCGCCAAGCGUGCCGGCGCGCCCAAGAAUGAUUCCGUCCUGGAGGUUUACAAGAGACCCCGUCUGGGUGGAGACGGCUUGGAGGAUCCGUUUGGAUUCGACAGCGACGAAGAAUCCAAGCCGGUUUCGUCUCGCAGCGGAAACAAGUCGUCCCCGGCCAAGCCGAGCUCCGCAGAGCCUCCACGAGCGCAAAGGCCGGGGAUCUCUCCGGACGCGGGAAGCAGGUCCAGCCUCCAAGGUGGAUCCCGUGCUUUGUCCGCCGCACAGGGGACCUCACGGCGGGCCGAUGACCGGAACCAGCCCAGGGUGGUGGAGGACACAGAUUGCUUCUUCAGCAGCAGCAGUGCCAGCAUCGGAAAGAAGCAGCAGCCGACCUCGUUGUCCGAGAACCAGCACAGCUACUCGUGGUACCAAAAUGCUUCUGAGAGCGAUAAGAAGCCCCUGGCGCAGACCACCACCCUGAAGACCGCCUCCAAGGCAGAGGCCACCUACGACUCCUGGGACGCCAUCAUGGGUCUCGGUCCCCCCUCGCCCAGCCAGGAACCUCGCAACCCGGCCCCGACGCUGUCCUGGGCCACAGCCGGCCUCAGCGUGGGCGGGGCCGACCCGAGGCCGACCCGCUGCGAGAGGCCCCCCUCCCCACCGCGGCUCCAGAGCCCCGGCGACAGCGAGGACCCGGCGUCUGACUUCCUCCUGGAGAUCUCCGACUACUCCCAGACCUCCUCUGACCCGUCGCUGGCCAGAAACUCUAAAUGUCGGACGUACAGGAGGCCAAACAAGCAAGGACCCGGCAAAGCCUCGGACUCCAGCGGCGCCGCGGGUUCUGCCCCGAGCACGGGUCCCCCCAAGCCUGACGGCAGUAAUAAGACGACGGGUGGAGGACGGGGACGGGGCAGGACGAGGGACUUCACGGUGCUGCACCCCUCCUCUGUGUCCAUGUGUAACGUCACCAUCCAGGACCGAGGGGUGGAGGAGUUCAGCGCCGACGCGGCGCCCUCCGCUGGCGGCAACGGCGCCGGGCCCGGCGGCACAGCGGACCUGGGAGAGGCGGGGUGGCAGCGGACGAAGGCGGAGCAACGGAACACAAGGUCGAACCCGGCCCAGACCCACAGGGACAGUAAGCCCGACCUGUUUGGUUUUGACGACGCAGACGUCCAUCAGCAGGAGGACGGCCAACACGUCUCGGAGGGACGCUCCAGCUACAAGAUCCAGUACUUCGGCUUCGACGACAUGAGCGACAGCGACGGCUCCGACGACGAUGCCGCUAAAGAGAGGAGGCGGGCCAAGAAGGCGGCGGCCGCCACCGCCAGGGAGAGGGCCCCGGUGGUCACCAUAGAAGAAGAAGAAGAACUGACGGAUGAAAUGCCGGAUCCCUUUGAAAACCUGGAGCGGCUGGAGAGGCUGGAGCGGCUGGAGAGGCUGGAGAUGCUGGAUCGACCGGCGGCCAAGGAGAACAAGAAGAACGUGGAGAAGCCGGGCAGCAGGAUACAAGCAGAGGCGCUGGACUUCUCGGAGGACGGCCUCAGGGUGGUGGCGGGGGCUCCUGGGAGGCCGUCUCAGGGCAAAGCGGCGGAGAAGAACCCCGACAGCUUCCGGAGGAUCUUCAGCGCUCACAAGAAGUCUCCCACCAAAGCCGUGUACAACGCUCGCCACUGGGCGCUGGAGAGCGAGGAGGCGCCGCCCGCCACCUUCCUGGGCCGAUCGCCGCCGGCUCCCCAGGCCCCGGCCUCGGCAGGAGGGUCCAGUAAGGAGCCCAAGGACGACGCUCCCAAGGACGACGGGGUUUUUAAGGCUCCGCCCCCUCCGCCCAAGGUCACCAAGUUCGUGACCCUGCCCACAGACCUGUACCAGGACGCCGUCACGGCACUCAAGUGCCGCAAAGAGCACAAAGAGCUGUACACGGUCGUCCAGCACGUGAAGCACUUCAACGACGUGGUGGAGUUCGGAGAGAACCAGGAGUUCACCGAUGACUUUGAGUACCUGGCCACUGGUCUGAAGAGCGGACAGCCCCUCAACACGCGCUGCCUGAGUGUGAUCAGCCUGGCUGCGCGCUGUGCGAUGCCCAGCUUCAGGAUGCACCUCCGGGCGAGAGGGAAGGUGGCUCAGGUCUUCAAAACACUCAACGACGCCCCGCAGCACUCGAAUCUGGCUCUGUGCACGGCCUCGCUGAUGUACAUCCUCAGCAGGGACCGGUUGAACAUGGACCUGGACCGCUCGUGUCUGGACCUGAUGAUCCGGCUGCUGGAGAUGGACCACGACCAGGAGGGCGGGGCCGCGACGGGGCCGGACCCCACCGCUCAGUUCAGCGCCAGGGAGAUCGCCAAGAUGAAGGAGAAGAUCAGGAAGCUGUGCGACACGGUGCACAACAAGCACCUGGACCUCCAGAACAUCACGACGGGUCAUUUAGCCAUGGAGACGUUGCUGUCCCUGACCUCAAAGAGAGCGGGGGACUGGUUCAAAGAGGAGCUUCGGCUGCUGGGGGGACUGGACCACAUCGUAGAUAAAGUGAAGGAGUGCGUCAACAACUUGAACCAGGAGGACGAGAAGGAGAAGCUGGUGUCGUCUCUCUGGGGAGCCGAGAGGUGUUUGCGGGUGUUGGAGAGUGUGACCGUCCACAACCCAGAGAACCAGGGCUACUUGAUCGCCUACAAAGACUCGUCCCUCAUCAUCUCCUCUGCAAAGGUGCUGAGGAGGUGUGAGGAGAUGAUCCAGAGGUACAGCAGGGAGCGCAGCGCAGACGGCGCCGUGGGCAAAGCGGUGGAGGACUGCAUGAGGGCCAUCAUCGGGGUGCUGCUCAACCUGACGCACGACAACGAGUGGGGCAGCACCAAGACCGGCGAGCAGGAGGACUUCAUCAUGACGGCGCUGAACUGUGUCCUCAAAGUCCCUCAGUACCUUCCACAGGAGCAGAGGUUUGACAUCCGAGUACUGGGUCUGGGCCUGCUCAUCAACCUGGUGGAGUACAGUGCCAGGAACAAGCACUGCCUGAUGGAGAUGGAGAUGGACGGAGGUCAGGGUCCCUUCGACUCCACCGUCCUGCUGGACCCUCAGCACCAGGACGUAGCCAGCACCGGCCCGCUGAGCGCCAUCGCUGCUCUGGUGCAGCUGUUCCUCCAGCGGGAGCGUGCCGCCAUCCAGGCUGAGGCGCAGACUGAUGACCUCAUCAAGGAGGCGCCGAAGCCGGCGGCUGACAAGAGCGGGCAGUGGCAGGAGUCGGGCGGCGAGAUCCAGUGGGUCGCCAACGACAACAACAACACCCCCACGGAGGAAGAGGAGAAGCAGAAGGCGAAGGAGGAGGAGGACGAGGAGCUGGACCUCAACAAAGCUCUGCAGCAUGCGGGGAAGCACAUGGAGGACAGCAUCGUGGCCUCGUACACGGCGCUGCUGCUGGGCUGCCUGUGUCAGGGGAGCGCGUUGAAUGUGACUACUGUGAGAGACAACCUGCCGAAAGGAGAUUUCUCCAUCAUGACAGAAAUGCUGAAGAAGUUCCUCAACUUCAUGAACCUCACUUGUGACGUCGGCACCACGGGACAGAAGUCCAUUUCCCGGAUCAUCGACUAUCUGGAACACUGCUAGAGAGAAGCCUCACACACACACACACACACACUCGUCUUCAUCGUCCUCUUCAUCCUUCGGUAAACGGAGCUCGAUAAGUCGAUUUCUAAAAUAACUUAAGUCUGACUCCAAAGUUCUGAUCAGAUCUUUAUUUGACUUUUUAUUCAAAUCGAAGUCAGUAUUUUAUUUUCUCCGACUUUCUUCUCUAUUUAUGAACCUUUUUCAGGAAGAUGUUUUUCUGGCGUUUUUUUCUUUUUUUAAACAUUUUUUAUUUUCUUUUUUAAUGUCCUUUUGGCUUUUGAUCCCCCCCCCACACACACACACACUCCCCCCGGCUGCCUCUGGAGCUGAUAAUCGCCAAAACAGUUCAGUUGGUUGGAGACACGAGCGUUCCCCCUCCUCUCCUCCAGGAGGCGCUCUGAGCAUCGAUCUCCACUUGGCGGCACUUUAAGCGCCGUCUGUUGGAGCGGUUUCAUCUGUACAGAAACUCUUUCAGGACACGAGCGCUCCGCCUCCCUCUCCCACAACAACGCGGCCCUCCGGCCCUCCUCCCAGGAGCUCCGUCACAGCAGGAGGCUCCGGGGGGGCGGAGGUCCUCCCAUGAUGCAUUUCAGCCACAUCCGGCGUGCAGGAAGCCGAGUGUCGUUCUCAACGUGGCAGUUUGUCUUUAUUUAUCGUGACACCGUUUCAUGACGCAUGUUUCUUCAUAGCUGGUUAAUAAAUGUUUAUAGAUCAUCGGCACCAAUGAGACAUUAAAUAACAUGAGGUUAUGAUGUAAUGACCCUUAAUAAGGACAUUAGAUACGUUAUAAAAGUGACCAUGAGACCUUCAUAAGAAUAAUAUUCCACCGUAGUUCAUCAUUUGAUUCACUGACAACAAAGAUGACAGAUUUUAAAUUAGUUGCUUAACUUUGUUCUUUCCCACUGACCACUUCCUGGUUCUUAAGCCUCCGAUCACUCGUCUGCUAGAAGAUGAUCACACGAAGCUCCUCAACCAAGUUCAUGCCGUUGGUCAUUUGUCUGGUCCUCUGUAAUCGGGCACACACACACACACACACACACUCUCACACAACUCGCUUUAUUCAGACUAAGAAGGACUGGACGAGCUUUUUGUACAUAGUUCUUGUACAUAGAUGAAUUUCCUCAUGGGGGGGGGGGGGGGGGGUAGGACCGGAGACACCACAUUUCUGGAUCUGAAUGAAAUUUUUUCUUAAGCCUUUUCUCCCCCGGGGGGGGGGGGGGGGGGGUCUGGGACAGCGAUCUGAUUAACAAGACAAGUGCAGGAAAACGUGAUCUUUGUACCGAUGUGCUGACUCAUGUCUUUGGUUACUUGUAUAUAAUUUUAAAAUAAUAAAAGUUGCUACUUUCAGUA